UUAUUCGUGCGGAGGUUUAUUUAGGUUUAUUUGUUGAUAAACCCCAAUCGGCAAUCCAACUCCAACAAAAACCCUUGCAUUGCAUUGUCUUGUAUCUUCUCUCUCCAACAACCAAGAAAAAUUCUGAAUGGCAUCAAGCAGCGGAAGAAAGAGAAUAGGAUCAAGCAGCGACAAUGGAGGAGGCGGAGUAAUAGCAAGAGUAACAAGCACAGUUUCAGACUCACCAAUCUUCCAAAAGGGUGUACAAUCUGCUAGUGGUGCGGCCGACAUCACCAAGAAGCUGCUCAAAAGCACCGGCAAAGCUGCUUGGAUCGUCGGCACCACUUUUCUCGUCCUCGCACUUCCCCUCAUCAUCGAGCUCGAGCGCGAUGGUCAAUUGGAUGCUUUGGAGCUUCAGCAGGCUAGCCUUCUUGGCACCCCUCCCCCCGCCUCUGCUCAUUGAUUAACAUUCAGGGUUCCUUCUUUUAAGUUUGACUUUCAUAUAAUGAAUGAGAUUUUCUGGAUUAUAUGUUCUGUUUUAUGAUUUAUUAAAAAGGGUUGUUCUUUUCGA